AUGCGUCGGCUUAUUCACCCAUUGCGCGUCUUUGUUGCUGUGCGGAGUAUGACUCAGUCAGUGUUGUCUUCCUUGUCUUCCUCGUCUUCCCUCGGCCUCACACUCACUGAGGACGACAUGGAGGAUGAGGAGCACCUCGCGCGGCUCCUUGUGCAGGACACUCCCCAUACGACAACAGCGACGAGACCAGUAGCCUCGUUGGGGGCUUCAUCAAAGGCUGGCACGAUGCCCGCUGUGGCCGUUCCUCUUGCUACGCCCGUAUCGGAAGGUGGAGCCACGCUUACGGACGCGAUACUGGAAGGAGCUGACACCGUGGCCCCACCCUUGAGCAAACUGCCCAUAACACAGUCACGGCGUAGCAAUGACCAACUUUCCAGGUACUCACAUGUGCGUCGGGUGAUGCACACAAAGUUCAUCAAGGAGGGUGCAAGUCCUGUGAAGGAACCGGCACUUGAAUGGAUGUGUUGUGGAUGCCGCACGUACAACUUCGUUGGUCGUAAGACAUGUAGGCGAUGUAAGCAGCGAGAUGUGGAGUCAUUUAAACACAACUCUCCUCCUGCGCGCCAUAUUCCGUUGUUUCCCACAACAUGGACAUGUCACUCGUGUGGGCACACAAACCAGGUGGAUCACACCAAUACGAACAUCCGCAGCAAAUUUUACUGUGGAGGUUGCGGAGAACGAUUUAGUGGCGUGCGGGAGUGGUACUGCCCCUCGUGUCACCACAUCAAUUCACGUGGUUCGACGCAGUGCGCUACUUGCUACGAGGCGCGCCCGCAUAGUUGGGUAUGUUCCACAUGCAACCACGCGGGAAAUUCUGUCUUCUUCACAGAGUGCAGCAACUGCCAGUCGACACGUCGGAGGUUGGUGUCAGACUCCACCGUGCUCUGUCCGACAUGCCGCCAGCGCAACGACAUACAGUGGGAAAUGUGCAUCCUGUGCAUGACGCCACUGACAAUGAUGGCCACCGUGGCGAAGCUGCAGGAAAGGGCUCUUAGCGUGAAUGAAUCAGCGGGGGUGUUGCCCAACGCUGAAGUUUCAAUUCAGCAGUGCACCGCGUCUGUGCCAUGCCCCGUCAGUGCCAACGUUGAAGAAAUCACAGAAACGAGGGAUGAGAAGUCAGUAUUGGCACUGCCCUUGGAAGAAAAAGAGGAUCACCAACCUCAGGAAACAGAGGACGAGAAGCAAAACAGUGUGACAAUGACCGUGUCGAAUGAGCAGGUUAACGUCAGUGCAUCAAAAGACGAAGCACGCGAGGACGGCACUUGGUGGUGCGCCGGGUGCCAGGUUUUCCAGCGUCGCAAUGCCCGGUUCUGUGACAUUUGCCUCAAGCCAAAGGUCCUUGCGGCUGGGACAGGCCUGGAGGUUAAAGCAGACAAGACGCCGGUGCCCGAGUGGAUCUGCCACGCGUGCGCCCAUCGUAAUACUGACCUCUCACUAUUGAACUGUACGAAGUGCCAGGAACCACGGUCGCAAAAUUCUGCGGUCGAACGCUGUGACAGAGAGGAGCACAGGGCGGCUUGUGAGGUGGUUGGAAGUUCUUCUGUUCCUGGUGAGUGGCGUUGUCCAUACUGCAGAAAAGCAGUGGAUGUCAUGGUGAUGUCGUGUUGCGGGGCUCACCGUGAGCUUCCGCCUGGCUAUUGGCUCUGCACAACAUGCUGCAGCACGAAUCGUGACGAGCGAAGCAAGUGCCUGGGUUGCGGCGCAGCUCCGCCUGAAAAGCCGUGGCGCUGCCUGAUGUGCCGGUGCAAGAACACCACGGAUACCUUUGUGUGCUUCCGCUGCGGCUCUGCGCACCCACACCACUGGCAGUGUGCGAAGUGCGGGUCGAGGUGCCAACAUGCCUCCGAUAGGGUGUGCCGCUCCUGUGGCGCAGCAAAGACCCCUGUUGAUAUCGUGACGUGCCAGCACUGUUGUGCCCCCAACCACCCGUUGCGUAAGGGAUGCUUUCAUUGUCGGGCACGGCUGUCUUCGGACAAGUGGAAAUGUGAGGCUUGUGGCUUCAAAGAAAAUGAGAAGCACAACCGCCGCUGCAGCGCGUGUGGUGGCCCGCGGCAGUUUGAUAUGAGGGAAAUCACAUGGGUGUGUGACGUAUGCAAUACAGCUGUUGCCUCUGGGGGAGAGUUGCAGGAGCGCAAUCAGUGUCCCCGCUGCAGUUCCGAUCGAACAGAGCGAAGCAUGUGCUUUCCUAGCCGCUGGCAAUGCCGUAGUUGCGGGCUGGCGAACGUCUGUGCGGCGAGUUUGUGCGCGGACUGCGGUCAAAAACGUCUGCUGGAAAAUCUGCGUACCCAUACCACAUGCACCUCGUGCUUCCGUCUGACACUUUUGAAUGAACAGGAGCGAUGCGAACGCUGCGGUGUGGACCUUUCACAUAUUAUCAGUGAGGCGGGGUCUUCAAUUUCUCUGUCUGGUGCCUCUUCUCUAUUUGCAGUCACGGCCUUGGCAGCGUCAGCGGUGGAGGGUGCAAAGAUGACAGAUGGUGCGACUAUUGCUUCUCCUGGGGAGGAAUUUCGUGACGCGGCUCUUCCCACCACACACACCGACACGUCAACCGAGCGACUGCGACAGAACGAAACUGAGGCUCAUACUGUUGGUGAAAAUACAGCAAAGACCUCCGUCAGUGGCUCCAGGGCGGUGAUGUCUCUUUCUGUGGAUGACGUUGACGAAGACGAUGAGGAAGAGGAAGAGGAAGGGGAAGAGGAAGAGACAUUUGAAGGUGGCGGCGAGAUUGGGGAUGAUGACGAUACAGGUUGGAACAGCCGCAUUUCCUCGUGGAUGUGUGGGAAUUGCGAGGCGACAAACCUCGAUGAGGCAGAGGCAUGCGCAGGCUGCGGUCUUCGCCGUGCCGACGAGUCAUUCGUAUAA